AAGAAAGAAAACUGUCCAAUCAGAAUCUUACCCUGCUCUGGUCAUAGCCAAUGAGGUGGCCCUUUGCUCUUCCCCGAAAACAUGUCGCCCCUGAGAUUGUGUGUCCCAGGUGAGAAACUGUGCAGUGUAGACGACUGCAGAGCUGGCACUGGAGUGUAUCAGCGACAUGGCUACAUAUAUUCCUCCCUCGCUGGCUAUGUGCUGAAGAAAAACGAGGGAGAGGAGCUACCAGUGAUAUCUGUGGUUAGGGAAACAGAAGCACAGCUGUUGCCAGAUGUUGGAGCCAUAGUCACCUGCAAGGUGACUGGCAUCAACUCCAGGUUUGCAAAGGUCCACAUUCUUUACGUCGGGUCCACACCACUGAAAGAUCGCUUCAGAGGGACCAUCAGAAAAGAAGAUGUCAGAGAAUCUGAGAAAGACAAGGUGGACAUACACAAAAGCUUCCGACCUGGUGACAUUGUUCUGGCAAAAGUUAUUUCCCUCGGAGACGUUCAGUCCACAUACUUGCUGACGACGGCAGAGAAUGAGCUGGGUGUGGUGGUGGCUCACAGCGAAGCAGGUGCCCAGAUGAUCCCCAUCAGUUGGCGUGAGAUGCAGUGCCCGCAGACCAAUGCCAAAGAGUUUCGGAAAGUGGCCCGUGUGCAGCCCGAAUACCUGGAAGCAUGAGAGCAACUAAAAGUCUGUCACACACCGCCUUGGGGUAGAAAACAAGCACCUUCUAUCAAGUGGCCUCCUAACUCUUUUCCUCUGACAUUUGUCUGUUUUUUUCUGAUGGGGGCUCAUUAAGUCUUGUUUAUGGCUUUUGCUUCUACACAUUUUCAUUGUGCUAGAUUUAGCCCAGCGAGACCAAACUGACAAAGAUUUAUUUUUAUUUCCACAAAAUUUAGUUGUUUUUUUUUUUAAAGUUCCAAUGGCCAAAAACAGAGAUAGUCAGAGCCAUCCUGAAUAUCGUCCUGGAAACCAAAGUAGGAUUGCAUCCGGUCAGGAUUUAACGUUUUAAGGUUACUGAGAUUUCAGGGAAUUUUCUACCCAGAGGAAAAGGUUCUGUUUCAAAUGAAUUCAAUGUUUUUCUAGUAUUAUUGCAGAGUCGGACAGAAGUAUCUUUGCUGCUGUUCUGCUGAAGGAUGAAGCCACUUAAUUAGAGGCCAUGUCUAAACUUUUGAAGUUAUUAAAGAAAACGGGCACUAAGUAUUUGUGCCCCAUCUCCUUAACUUGUCAUUUUGUCAUCAAUCAAUCAAUGUUAUAAGAAUCAGAGGCCUGUUGUGCCCAACACACCUAAAAUAAAAAAUGUAGGGUCUAAAUUUAAACCGGACCUGAUGGUUUUUUUCUGCUGCCUAGUUUAGGAUUUGUAGCUAAGAUUUAUUCUAAAAAGGACCAACCACCAACAUACAGGGAUGUCUAGAAAUAUUCAUACCACUUUGAAUUAUUCUAAAUCAUCACAAUAAUGUUAAUUCCAUGCUGUCAUAUGAUAAAUCAUCACUUAGAAUAAAAAAAAAAUAAUUAAAACAAUCCACUAGACUUGGUUUCCAAGUUUGAAUGUCACUUCCCAUCCUCAAAAUGUCAGGAAUAGCGUUGAGUUUGAGUUUUUAUACAGUAGUCUAACAAAGCCUUGUUUUUGUUUGGAAAUGUGCUAAUUGGAACAAACGAAGUGAUCUACCCAUUUGGAAUGGGGUCGUUCGGCUUCUUUUGUUAGACCGCAAUACCCCAUAUCCAUCUUAGUGUCUUUUUCAUUUUUUUUGUUGGAGUGACUAUGACCUGGAUGACUGGGAACCUUCACCAGCAUAAUGCACUCUAUUUUGGGAAAGACUCCCACGGAAUAAUGCUUGAGAAUGAGAAAUUGGUUAGGAAACUUGCAGAUUAUAGGAACCAUCUUUGUUUCAAUUUAAGAUACAGACAGCAAAGACUUGUUCCCAACUAUCAAUUGUUUUAUUUUUUUCAUUUUUUAAUGACUAUGACCUGGAUGAUUGAGAACCUUCACCAGCAAACACAAAGAAUUGCAUAAACCUGAAAUUGGAGAAAGAAAUGCAUGGUUUUCAAAAUUGUAGAUUCAUGUAUCAGUUCUUCCCAGCCCACUGCUUUCCAGAGUUGAUAGAGUCCCCCUGCUUGUGAAUUAAGUCUGAGAAAUUCGUUUUGUGAUAGAACAAAAUGGCAAACGUUGAGCAUCUUAGAGACCUGAUCAGCCAGAUAUCUUCAAAUGAGAAGAAUAUAACAGCUGCAAUCCUAACAGACUGUGACCUAUCAUCUAAACAGAAAUGCUCAGCUUGAAACAGUCCUUUGAAAAAUGUAUAGCCUAACAUACUAAACCCAUGGUGGUAGAUUCAUGUGGUGGGGAUGUGGGAUCUUCAGCUGAGGGAGUAGCUGGUCACAGUGGCAUGAUGUAGCUAAAUACAGGGCAGUCCAGGUUGGAAAGUGGUUUAGAAUGGCCUGAUAAAAGUCAGCAAGUCUCUAAAUCCGUGCAACCCAAAAGACUUUCAGUUGCUUCCUGAGUGAGGGAGGUAAAUAAAGUGAACACCAUAUCUUUUAGAUUUUUAUUUAAACAUUUGAAAUCCAUGCAUUUUUUUUUUUAAUUUUACUUCACAACACCUUUGGUUCUAUCAUUUUUAUUAUUCCUUAGAUUCUCUGAUUUGAGGUGAUGAAAUGUCAAAGUUAACUGUAGUUUUAACACUGCAGGUAUAAUGUCUAUGGCUUUGAAGGUACAGUUCAGAUGUCAUCACAGUGGGAUCACAUGGAGUAUUUAAAACUAGGAUAGAAAAGGAUCCAAGGUUACAUUUAAACUUUAAUUUCUACCAUCUAAAACAUGUCAAGCUUCUAAGGUGAAUGCUCUGCUCUGUAUUUCUCUGCUGCACCACUUGGCUGGUAGUAACCAUAACUGGGUACUAAUGACAUUGUCCUUAACACAAACCGUGUUGAAAUGGACCGUGCUCUGCGUUCUAACCGUACAAUGUGACGGUUUCAACGUGGACAGUACUAAAAGGGAAUAGUCUGUAUUUGUAUAGCACGCCUUUUGAACCUGAAUGAGGUUCUGUGGAGCGUUUUGUUUAUACACGCUCUCAUUUUAUGGCACAUUUAUACAUAUAUUAAGCAUUUUAAGGGAGAAUCAGGUGAACAGUCCUGCUCAGGGACACUUGGUGUCCUAAAAUUUAAGUUUGAAAGUUGACUACCCUAAAGUGAAAUUCAUGCAGUGUGAAGAUUUACAGAAAUACAAUCACUUGAAGCAAAAUAAAGUUUUCAGUGUUUUUUCUCCUAAAUGGGCCCUUUUCUGAUAGCUUACAUUAUGGGGUUAUAAUAAAUGUUAUUCCUUAGAUACUCACGUUUUUUAAAUACUCCAUUAAAUCCCACUAAAGAGUAAAAAACUGUAUUUUCAGGAACUUCUAUGCAUUUGCAAAAAAAUAAACAAAUCAGUCUAAAAAAACUCCAUAUAUUACAGACUUUCAUGACUAAAGCACUCAAAAUGAUUAGUAAUUCUUGUUUUAUAGGUACUUUGGCUAAUCUAGCAGUAAAAAAAUCUUGAAGAAACUCUUAUCUGUCCAAACUGCAUUAUAUUGAGUUAAGCUGUAGCAUGGCCUGUUUAUGUUGGUGUUGAACUGGAAAGCCAGAAUUAGUCAGACUUUAACCAAGUUAUGUUUGGAAUACUGAGGCACAAUGAUUUCAGUGCAAUAUUCCAGCUGAAUGUUCAUGAUUCAUGAGGAACAAGAGGUUUUUUUUCUGCUGUUCUUACUUUCCUUGACUAUAACUGCAUAACUCAAAAUAAAUGACUAUCUAAGCAA